AUGUCCGACGACCAGCAGCAGCACAGCGGCGGCCAGCGGCAAUGCCGGCGGGGCAUCACGCCCGACGUCGAGCUCGGCGCGGCCCUCGCGCUCGCCGACAUGGCCGGCAGCAGCGUCGCGCAGGCCAAGGCGGCGCGGCCGGCUGUGCAGCAGCUGCGAACGGCCGCCGCCGAGGAGGCCAUGACCGACGACGAGGAGAUGGCCAGCACGAGGCUGAGCCUCCAGUUGGGCAUGGUCGGGAUCCAGUCCUCCUCCUGCUCCAGCGGAUCCAGCGCCGGCCGCCCAUCGCGGCAGCUGGCGCCCGCCCCCGCCGCCGCGACGGGUACGCACGGCCCCAGGCCCCGGCACACGCUCACAGAGGCCGAGAAGGAGGCGAAGCGGCUGCGGCGGGUGCUCGCCAACCGGGAGUCGGCGAGGCAAACCAUCCUUCGCCGGCAGGCGAUUCGAGAUGAGCUCGCACGGAAAGUUGCAGACCUGUCAUCAGAGAACGAGACCAUAAAAAAGGAGAAGGACCUGGUGAUGGAGGAGUACCUGUCGCUGAAAGAGACGAACCACUAGUAGAGAAGUGACUUUCGAUCCACCCCUUUUAUCCCGGUUUAAAAGUGGCCCGGGACAAAAGGGGGUGCGCGGGG